CUUUUCCACUAAACACCCGCAGAGCUGCGUCUGCGGUGAACUGAGCAGGGUUUGUUUUACGGUGGCGGAUCCGAUUGGACCAUCGCUGCGAGAAAGCUCCACUUGUGUCAGACGAGCUGAAGGUUCUGAUGUUCUGCUCCACAGGCUCUCCUGAAGAAGCACGAGGCCCUGAUGUCGGACCUGUCGGCUUACGGCAGCAGCAUCCAGGCCCUGAAGGAGCAGGCCCAGUCCUGCAGGGACCUGAAGGCCAACGAGUCCCGCCUGAGGGACAUCAACAAGGUGGCAUCUGAACUGGAGUCAGAAGGUCUGAUGGCUGAGGAGGCUCCUAUGGUUCAGGCUCAGCAACAAGAACAUCUGGGUUCUGCUCCUGGAAAGGAUGAAGCCGACUCUAACACGGCGUCACCCUGGAAGACCGUACGGUUGGGCGUUCAGACGACGGCUAACUUUAAUUCCAUCAAGGUAAGAGGAAGCUCUUCCCUUCCUGUCUGAGCGAUCCGUCUCCAGGUUUCCUCGUCCGGCGUCCAGCCCGCUGGCGUCCACCUUCAUCUCAUCUCACUUCAUUUAUAGUGCAAUACUUUCACAUUAUCAUUUUCCCACACUUCUGUAUACCUGUAUUUUGUUGUUUUUCAAUAAAGAAUGACAAAUUA